AUGUUCACUUUCACGCCGCUGCUGGGCGCCCAGUCCGAGUCGGCUGCCUCGCAGUCGCUGCUCGAGCUGGAUGGAGGUGUCAAGAUCCUCGUCGACGUGGGCUGGGAUGAGUCUCUAGACGCCGACAAGCUCGUCCACAUUGAGCAGAACGUAUCCGCCAUAUCGCUCAUCCUGCUCACCCACCCCACUCUGAACCAUCUCGGCGCAUUCGCUCAUUGCUGCAAACACAUUCCGCUCUUCUCCUCCAUCCCCGUCUACGCUACCACUCCUGUCGUAUCCCUCGGUCGCACUCUCAUCCAGGACCUGUAUGCCUCGGCUCCUCACCAAGCUUCAAUUGUCCCUGCAUCAGCUCUGGCCGACUCACUGUCCAACACUCAGCUCCCCGCCAACUUCUUGCUCCAACCUCCCACGGCCGAUGAAAUCGCUUCAUACUUCUCCAAGAUCAACCCUCUCAAAUACUCGCAACCUCAUCAGCCCAUUCCCUCGCCCUUCUCCCCUCCUCUCAAUGGCCUUACCAUCACCGCCUACAACGCUGGUCAUACUCUUGGUGGUACCAUCUGGCAUCUACAACAUGGCCUCGAGUCUAUCGUAUACGCCGUUGACUGGAAUCAAGCAAAAGAGAACGUCUUGUCUGGUGCUGCUUGGCUGGGAGGUGCAGGUGGAGGUGCUGAAGUCAUUGAACAAUUACGAAGACCCACCGCCUUGGUCUGCAGCACAAAAGGCGCUGACCGAUCACAUCUCUCCGGAGGUCGCAAGAAGCGCGACGAUGCUCUGCUCGCCUUGAUCAACCAGACUAUCUCUAACGGAGGAACUGUUUUGAUCCCCACAGACUCAAGUGCCCGCAUGCUCGAACUGGCCUACAUCCUGGAACGUCACUGGCGUCAAGGAACCAAUGGUCCCAACCAAGAACUCUACAAGAACACAAAGCUAGCAUUUGCCGCAAAAUCCGCAUCUGCCACUCUUCGAUACGCCCGCAGUAUGAUUGAAUGGAUGGACGACGCUAUUGCGCGUGAGAUGGAGGCUGCUGUUCAAGGGAAAUCUGAGAACAAUCAAAAGAGCCAGACUGGCCGCGAUGAAGAUACCCCCUUCGACUUGAAGUAUCUCAAGCUUGUUGAGAAGAAGACUCAACUACACCGCAUUCUGGACUCUGGAAAGCCUGCUGUUAUUCUAGCAAGUGAUAAGUCUCUUGAAUGGGGUUUCUCUAACGAUGCCAUCCGCAAGAUUUGCAAGGACCCCAGGAAUCUCGUUGUUCUGACAGAAAGAGCCGCCAAUCCUUCUCCGGAUACCAAAGGCAUUGGUCGCUUCUUAUGGGAAUACUGGCGUCAACAGGUCGAGUCACGCGAUGAAGAUGCAAAUGUUGUCGAGGUUGGUGGUGCAGAAACACAAGUUCGUCAACUGGAUGUGGCACGCCUCGAAGGUGACGAGAACCUGCUCUAUCAGCAAUACCUGGCUCGAAGACGCCAGAUGCACAGCACGCUGCAAGGCGACAACACACUCACAAAAGAGAAUGCUGCGGAACUGGCCGACGACGCCUCCUCAAGCAGCUCCGAAUCUUCCGACGAGUCUGAGAACGAGCACCAAGGAAGAGCUCUCAACAUCUCUGCAACAAUGACGCAUAGACGCAAGGUCGGAUUGACAGACGCGGAGCUUGGCAUUAACGUUCUCCUACGACGCAAGAAUGUUUUCGAUUAUGAUGUGCGCAACAAGAGAGGACGUGAAAAGGUGUUCCCAUAUGUUGCCAAGCGCGGCCGUGCAGACGACUUUGGUGAAGUAAUCAGACCGGAGGAGUAUCUUCGUGCGGAAGAGAAGGACGAUACAGAAGGCCAGGAUGCAGCAGAAGCAAAAACAGAAACUGCUGUUGGCCAAAAACGUAAAUGGGAUGAAGUUGCACCGCGUGCUAUUCAAAACGGACGAACUGGCAAAUUCCCCGACAAGAGAAACAAGACCGAUGAACAAAGUUCUGCAAAUGCUAGAUCGACGGACCAGGAUCAUGACAUGAAUGGAGACGCUGCCAGCGAGUCAGAAGAGUCUGAUUACGAGCCUGAAGAAGCACUCCCCGAAGGACCACUCAAAGCCGUCUUCACCAAGGAAUCUCUUCAACUCAACGUGAGAAUAGCCUACAUCGAUUUCUCCGGUCUACACGAAAAGCGUGAUUUGCAAAUGCUCAUCCCACUCAUUCGACCAAGAAAGCUCAUCUUGGUAGCUGGAGAAGAAGCCGAGACAUUGGCACUUGCCGAAGAUUGCAAAGCUUUGCUAGCAUCUGGUGAAGGUAAUGCCGUUGAUAUUCUUACCCCCAUCAUUGGCGAGACUGUCGAUGCUAGUGUCGACACGAAUGCAUGGUCACUCAAACUCAGUCGAAACUUGGUCAAGAAGCUUGCCUGGCAAAAUGUCAAGGGACUCGGCAUUGUGGCUGUCACAGGUCGCCUUGAGGCUGUGCAAAAGAUGCUCGCAGCCGCCAACAGCAAUGGUGAUGACGCCAGCAAGAGGAAAAAGCAGAAGAUGGUUGAGGAUAGCAAUGAUGCUCCUGAUACAGUCGACGAAGCUCAAAUCGAGACCGAACCUGUACUCGACGUGUUGUCCACCAACUCAUCCGCCAACAACCAAAUCACAACCCAACCACUACAUGUUGGUGACCUUCGUCUCGCCGACUUGCGAAAGCUCAUGCAAGCAUCUGGUCACGCGGCAGAAUUCAGGGGUGAAGGUACAUUGCUGGUGGACGGUGCAGUUGUUGUCCGCAAGACUGCUAAUGGCAGGAUUGAGAUUGAGGGUGGCAAUUACAUGGCAUCUGCUGGGAGACGUGAAGGCGCGUUCUUUGCAGUCAGAAGGAAGGUCUACGAGGGGUUGGCCGUGAUUGCUGGUGGUUGA